UGUCUGGACGCGAACUGGUUCACUCGGUAAAGGAGUUGAACACGGGAACGGAAACAAACAACAAGACAAAAGGAAUUUAAUGCAAAGGGGAUUGUGUUAAAUGAAGCAGCACGAUCGUCGGUUAGCAGGUGUACCAGCAGUUCCAGUGUUUUUAAAGUUUCUAAAGGUGGUGCAAGAUUUGAAUCAAAGGUUCCUUAACUUGAGCUGCUGAAGGUGGACACAUCGAACACAGGGGGACAAAUAGUGUAUUUAAAAAGUCGCUAACAGCUACAAAAGUGGCCAAAGUGAGCGAUGUUUAGAUACGAUCGAUCGUACUACCUUCCUCUUCUGUGUGCGAUCGCACUAGUGGCCGUACUUAUCAGCUCGACGCAGUGCUGCGAUCUGGACCAAACGCAACACGGAUGCCGGAUAGAUAACGGUCAGUGCACUUGUGCGUUUGGCUGCAAAUCGGAAUUUCGCUACGCCACACGGAAGGAGUGCCAAGAUGCGCUGAAGGGCCGCACCAGUGACAUCUGCAAUCGGCAACCGUGCCAAAAUGGAGGAACGUGUACGCAAGUAACGACCAUGCCGCAGUAUAAAUGUCGCUGCGAAGGAACCGGCUACUGGGGCAACCGAUGUCACCGAAUGUGUCCCAAACCCGACCAACUUCCGCCCGGUACGAAAUUCCCGCACGAAUGUGUCGUCAUUUAGACAAGCGUUGCGAGGGGCACGGUUAUUAGCUUCCGUUUUUCGUCACAUAGAUAGACAGACCGCCGAUUAAAUCAGUAUACACAACACGAAUCUCCCGAGUGUGUAGGGAGAUCAUCACAUUUAGUACAAUCAUCGUAAGUGUACCACAACACAGUUCCCUAUCAAUCUUACCACCAUCGGAAUCCGUUGAGGAGACCACAUUAUGUGGCUUUCCGGAUUAAAACAGCACUGACAAAAGCCACAUCCAGGUUGACAUCCGCUCGGGGCAAGAUAAACGGGAGCACCGAAAGCUGCUAGAAAUUUGUUUUAACCGAUGUGGGGCCGGAUCCUGUAGGAUAGUGGUACAACAACCAAAAAAAAACCAAAUCGAUAAUAAAAUCGUUCUCGUGCAUAAUUAUAGUACGUUUUAGCGAAAAGUUUGAAUCAAACUAGUUCGUUAAGGUAUACAAUUUUACAAAUAAAAAUUCUAUUGGAAACAUA